CGGAGCCCUGGGGCCACAAAACUGUCUCCUUCCCUGUGCUCCUCUCCCUCUAGAGCAGAGGUGAAGGGAGAUACCCAGACGCGAGCAUGGGCCUCAGGGGGAGGCUGCUGCUGCUGUUGCUGCUGACGGCCUGGGUCCCAGCCUGCCAGGGCCUGAAGUGCCUGCAGUGUGAGAGUAACCAGGACUGCAUGGUGAAGGAGUGUGACCUGGACGAGGAUCUUUGCAGGACCACGGUGCUUCGUGAGUGGGAAGAUGAUGAAGAACUGGAGGUGGAGAUAAGAGACUGUGCCCACUAUGAGAAGACCAACAGGACCAUGAGUUACCGGGUGAACUCCAAGAUCAUCAGCCUGUCAGAGAUCGUGUGUGCCACAGACGGCUGCAACAGGCCAAGGCCUGGAGGCCGGGGGAUUGCCUUUCCCCGGGGCCGGUACCUUGAGUGUAUGUCCUGUAGCUCUUUGGACCAGAGCUGUGAGAGGGGCCGGGAGCAGAGCCUGCAAUGCCGCUCUCCUGGAGAACAGUGUGUUGAAGUGGUGACACUUCGGAGCAAGGAACUUCUGGAUCUUCAGGGCUUACCACCGAAUGGCUUCCAGUGCUACAGCUGUGAGGGGAACAGCACCCAUGGGUGUUCCUCCAAAGAGAUUUCCCUCACUGACUGCCGGGGACCAAUGAAUCAGUGCCUGGAGGCCACUGGCUUAGAUGUGCUGGGAAACCAGAAUUACACUGUGCGGGGCUGCGCCACAGCUUCCUGGUGCCAAGGCUCCCAUGUGGCAGACGCCUUCCUCCUGACCCACCUCAACGUCUCCUGCUGCGACCGCAAUGGCUGUAAUGGCCUCAGAAGCGCUGCCCCUGGGCCAGGCGCUGCCCACCUGAGCCUCGUCAUCUCCCUGCUCCUGACCUUCAGACUGUGGGGUGUCCUCCUCUGGACGUGAGGUUGAGCCCCCAGCCCUGGCUGGAUCCAGGGACUUUGUCCUCCCUCGUGUGCGCCAUUGUGUUGUCUUCGGGCCUCAACUUUUCGAAGAACCAGAAGAGAAGCAGAGCAAAGGCUGCAGGCAGCGGGGGCUCUUGGCAAAUAUUGUUGCUAUUGUUAUUAUUAACAUUGUUACUCCUCUAAUUUAUUUUAUAUAAAUAAAUAAAUAAA